CCCUUUGGAGACUCUCUUCUGUGAGGUUACGAGGUCUCUUGGAAGGGGGUACCGUUUCGGAGUAUCCUCUCGCCGCAGUUAUUUUCUUUCGGUAGAUUUUGUUUGCGACUGUCUAGUGUUGUUCACUUGAGAAGAUUGUUCGAAUGAUUGUGUGUAUGGAAGAGGUUGUUUGGGGGUUUUGUGUCGAGGGAUUUGAAGGGUUUAGUGUGGGUCGACAUUCCAUUUUUGGAUGAGGGUAAUAGUGUGGUUUAAACUUUGCUGUGGAUAUUUUUGGGUGUUGUCAGUGUGGGUGGUUUGGAACCCUUAGGGUGCAGUUUUAGGGUGGGGUUUUGGAGGGUUUAGAAGGUGAUAAGGCCCUUAGAGUGCGCACAAUUUGGUUGAACGAACGUGAUGUCAUUUGGGUUUGUGUGAGAUUUCUUGUUUUCUUUUGGUUUCAUUCCCCGUAGAGAUGGGUCUCUGUUGGGGAUCUGAGGGAGCGUAUAGGGUUUGUUGUGAGUUCGUAGCUGCUUCACAUGCUCAAUUCUCUAUUUAGGUUUAUUUUGAAGAUUGGGUGGUGAUUGUAGGGGGUGAGCAGUUAGAAGAAGAGAAGCAUUUUAAUACCUAUAUGUGGGUGAUGGUUUGUGCUGCCUCGGGAAUGACACACUGACACCACGGUGGCAAGUUGAGGUUUUGGUGAAGCUCUUGAAAUCAUGGAGACUCUUCGCAAUGUGAGCAGCACGGAGAAGAGUAAGGAGAGCUCUGAGGCUGUGAGAGGUGCUAGUGAAACCUCUUCCAUUCCUGAACGGAAUAGUGGUGGUGGACCUGAUGUUGAGGAAAGUGGAGGGAGGAUCAAUUCUUACGCGGGGCCUAGUCCUCCUAGAGCACCCGUCACUGAUGACACGGAAGAUGAAGUAGAGGAAGUUGAUGAAACCGAAGAUGAUGACAACGACGAUAGUGCUGUUGAGAAUACCUCUAGCCUUGUGGAUUCUGCGGCCAGCCGGCCUUUGGGUUCUUAUGCAGAUGCUCUGACGUCGAUGCCUGUCGCCAAGGUAACUACCGAGGAUGAAGAGCAAGACGAUGACGACGACGAUGCCGAUAAAGCUGAUGAAGAGGAAGUCGACGAUGAAGAAUAUGAAGAAGCAGAUGACCAAGCUUCGGUUGAGGAUUUGUACGGGAACUCCUCCGCAUUGAGUAGAGGCAGUGAAGGUAGCUUGCCACGGAGUAUACCACGAAUCAUCGCGCGGGAGUCUGGUGAUGAUAUUUCUGAAGAACCUUCAGAGGACGAAUAUAACGAUAUUUCAGAGGAGGAAUAUAAUGAAGAAGCUGUGGAGGAAGCUGUAGAGCCUGAAGAGAAAGAGCAGGUUACCAUGGAGGUAGAAGAGAAAGAACAAUUCGAGUCUCCAGUUGCUGCGGAGGAGUCCACCGUGAAAGAGUUGAAUGCCACACCUGCAGUAGUGCCCCCUGCAGAUGCUGAUGUUGGCGAUGUCUCGAGGACAGAUAACUCGAAUGCAGAGGAGAGUCCUAUGAAUGCAGAUGCUGAUGUUGGUGAUGUUUUGAAGAAAGAGAACUCGAAUGCAGAGGAGAGCCCUAUGAAUUCAGAUGCGUGUCGUGAAGAAGACAUUGUUGCGGAGAAAGUCGAGAAAGAGUUGUCUCAAGCAGUAAUGACUGAGGAUUCGCAGGAAGUAGGAUCUGCACAGUCGCAGGAGGAAGUUACCGAACUGAUGCAGGCAGUGUCAUCUCUUGCCGCUGAAUCCGAAUCUACUGACCAGGGAGUGAAGCAAGAAGUCGCCCCUGAGGUUGUUCCUCUUGCAACUUCAGAAAUAAAGCAGGGUGAGUUGGAGGAGAUUGAGCAAGCAACCACCCUACCGAAGACCGACGUGGAGACCAGAGGAUGCUCAUUGGAUUUAGCCGAGGAGUUGCAGAAGCUAUCUGUGUCACGUUCACUGAGCAACGAUGUUUUGAAAUCCGAUGAAGCAGAGCGUGCAGCGAUCAUUGAGAAUGCACCAGCUGAAAGUACCAUUGACGAAUCUGUUGUUAAUGUUGAAACUGUAACUGAGUCGGGGUACAUUGUUAAGAGGGCCGCUUCAAACGAUCUCAUGGCUGAGUUGGAAAAGCUGGCUGCUGCUCGAUUGGAGAAGGAAGCAAGUAACAAUACUGUAAAUCCUGUCAGAGAAGUAAGUGAGGAUGAUGUCAAGGAUGUCUCGGGAGAGACCACCGUUGUAACUACUAGCAUAUCGGAGGGAGCUAAUGAGUCGUUGUCUAAGAAGGAAGACGAACCCGCUUUGAUAGGAUCCAAUGUGCCCGAGGAACUUGAAGGGAAUUCUCUUGAAGUUCAGUCGGCGAUUACUACAGACCUAGAGAAAGUUAGCUCUACUCCCACACCUAGUAACGCCGAAAAAGAAUCUCCUGAAGCGACUGAGGUACGAAUUGUGGAAGAAGGCAAGUUGGAAAAAGCAGAUCCUUCAGUUGUGAAUGAAGAAUUGUCGAAGGAAAUCCUGGAAGACCCAGAAGUGGUACCUAGUCCAGCGAAGAUGUAUACUGCCUUAAAAGCCGUCGACGGUGAUAUGCCAGUUUUGAAGUCAGAGAAUGGAAAUGUAGCUGGGGAUGAAAAUGUAGAAUCAGAAUCACGGGUUCUUCCAGCGGUUGAUUUCGCAGGCAAGGAUGGUGACACGGACGCUAAUACAGCGGACGAGGAUAAUGAGAAUGAUGAAGAUGAUGUAGAUGAAGAUGAAGACGAAGACGAUGCAGAUAUGGAUACAGCAAAGGCGCUAGCAGAGUUGGCUAUGACAGCUGGAAAAUCUGGCGAUGUUUCGGAGAGCGGCACCAAGCCAUCCAUGGGUGCAGCGGGACCCUCUUUGCCUUCUUUACCUCAACGGCCAGCUGUUAGAAAACCAAUUGCUGCAACAGCAUCGGACUCGCCUGGCAGGAACACUCAGCGUCCUAACGGUGCCCUAUCAACUCAAAUUACAAGCACCACUGAUGAGAGCGCUAGUAGCGACGCAGCAGAAGGCGAUGAAACUAGAGAGAAACUUCAGAACAUCCGAGUGAAGUUCUUGAGGCUUGCUCACCGAUUGGGACAAUCCCCGCAAAAUGUGGUUGUAGCCCAGGUGCUGUACCGUUUAGGCUUGGCCGAGUCAUUGAGAGGCGGCAGCGCUCCCAACCGCUCGGGAGCAUUCAGUUUCGACCGCGCUAAUGCCCUAGCCGAAGAGCAGGAAGCAGCCAACCAGGAAGAGGAGCUUGAUUUUGCAUGCACAAUUUUGGUUCUAGGAAAGACUGGGGUUGGAAAGAGUUCGACUAUCAAUUCAAUAUUUGACGAGCGCAAGUCUGUGACAAGUGCCUUUAAACCAUCCACCAACAAAGUACAGGAGGUCAUCGGCACGGUACACGGCAUUAAGGUAAGGGUGAUAGACACACCCGGACUGCUCCCUUCUGUGGCAGAUCAACAGCACAACGAGCGUAUCAUGGGGCAAGUCAAGAAGUACAUCAAGAAGGCGUCUCCAGACAUAGUUUUGUACUUUGAUCGUUUGGAUAUGCAGAGCCGUGACUUCGGAGAUCUGCCUUUGCUGCGGACCAUCACUGACCUAUUUGGAGCCGCGGUUUGGUUUAAUGCCAUUGUGGUGUUGACCCACGCCUCAUCCGCCCCUCCAGAUGGGCCCAAUGGAGUUCCUCUGAGUUACGAGAUGUUUGUAGCACAGAGGUCUCACGUAGUGCAGCAGACAAUUCGACAAGCAGCUGGAGACAUGAGACUGAUGAACCCCGUGUCUCUAGUAGAAAAUCAUCCUGCUUGCAGAACCAACCGCACUGGUCAGAGGGUUCUGCCUAAUGGACAGAUUUGGAAGCCACAAUUGCUGUUGCUGUGCUUCGCCUCGAAGAUAUUGGCAGAAGCAAACUCAUUGUUAAAGCUCCAGGAGACAACAGCUCCGGGUAGACCGUUUGGGCAGCGGUCCCGGGUGCCACCUCUGCCAUUUUUGCUUUCCUCUUUGCUUCAAUCUCGAGCACAGUUGAAGUUGCCAGACGAACAAGCUGGAGAAUCAGACGAGUCCGAUGACGAUGAGGAAGAAGAGGACUCGGAUGCUGAUGAUUAUGAUGAACUCCCUCCUUUCAGGCCACUCUCCAAGGAAGAGUUGGAGGAUCUUACCAAAGAGCAAAGGGAAGAUUACAUGGAGGAGUUGGCUGACCGAGAAAGGAUGUUCCAAAAGAAGCAGUAUAGGGAGGAAAUUCGCAGAAGGAAGGAAGCCAAAAAACGUCAGGCACAGAUGUCUAAGGAAGAGCUGGCUGAGGCUGAGGAAGCAGAAGAUGAGGCAGGGAAUGCCGCUGCAGUGCCUGUUCCGAUGCCAGACAUGGCGUUGCCUCCUUCAUUUGACUCUGACAAUCCCACACAUAGGUAUCGUUACCUGGAGACUGCGAACCAGUGGCUAGUACGUCCGGUAUUGGAGACCCAUGGGUGGGACCACGAUGCUGGGUACGACGGUUUCAACGUGGAGAAAAUGUUCGUGGUGAAGGAGAAGAUUCCUGCUUCCGUGUCGGGCCAGGUGACGAAAGACAAGAAAGAAGCCCAGGUGAACUUCGAAGCAGCGGCUUCGUUGAGGCACGGAGAGGGGAAGGUGACUCUGACUGGGUUCGACGUUCAGACGAUCGGAAAGGACUUGGCGUACACGGUGCGGGCAGAGACGCGGUUCAACAAUUUCAAGAGGAACAAGACGACGGCGGGGGUGACUGCGACGUACCUGAACGACACGAUCGCGGCGGGAGUGAAGCUGGAGGACAGGGUAUUGAUAGGGAAGAGGGUGAAGUUGGUGGUGAACGGAGGGGUGCUGACAGGAAAGGGCGACAAAGCAUACGGUGGAAGCCUGGAGGCGACGUUGAGAGGGAAGGAGUAUCCUUUGAGUCGGACGCUGUCGACGCUGGGGUUGUCAGUGAUGGACUGGCACGGCGACCUGGCGAUCGGGGGGAACCUGCAGUCGCAGUUCAUGGUGGGGAAGACGAUGAUGGUGGGAAGGGCGAACUUGAACAAUAGGGGGUCGGGUCAAGUGAGCAUACGGGCGAGCAGCUCGGAGCAGCUGCAGAUGGUGUUGAUUGGGAUUGUUCCGAUAUUGAGGUCUCUAAUCAACUGCCGUUUCGGCUUCGGUGGUCAGUCCCAACAAUAAAUUUCGUAGAUAGCUACAGGAUAGUUUUGGCCCCCAGUUGGCCUCCUCCUUACAGCUAGCUCUGUACAUGUGUGCUUUGGAUGCUCAGCAAAAUCUUGUAGAAGAUUCAUGUUUUGGUGCGGAGUAGAAUUGCUUGAUGUACAGGCGCUAUGAUGACGACAGUUAUGCCAAGUCAGUUGCUUGUAUCGGCCAAGAAUUCCGUUCUCUUGUCCGUCAAUUGGAGAGUUUUAGUGCGAGUUUUGUUAGGGCUGUAGUUGCAGUUUGGAGACCUUAUGAUUUUGCCCCUCGGUCGCCAACUUUUAGUGUGGAUUUUAGUUAUCUGCACGUAUGUGCUCUGUAUUGUAGUAGACUGGAGUUGAGUAGGGCAUGGGGUCGCAGAAAAGGAGGGAAUUAUCUGUGGGUAUGAGAUCUUGUAGCGAGUCUGGGCUGUUACUGAUAUCUUAUCACUGACACAGACCGUCAGCUGAAUAGGCAUUUCUGUUUGGACUGAAGAUGAGCUUCGUAAUGUUGUAGUCAAUGCAACCUAUUUGAAGAUGUCCUGCAUUUCGAGGUUACUCCUCUCAUUGCACACAUCAUUGAGUUUAUUUCCUUGAAUUUCUUUGAGCUG